UAAAGAAACAAAUUAUUUUUUAGGGAAAAUACUUCUUGACUAUGGGGAUGUUUGCAAAGCUUGGAAGAAUGUUAACUAGAACUAAAAAGUUACGUAACGAGCCUGAAGACAUGUUAGUUACACAGUUACGCAGAUGCUUAUCUACGUUUGAUAUUACACUUAUUGGAAUCAGUUCAACUUUGGGUUCUGGAGUUUAUAUUCUUACAGGAGAAGUAUCUAGCAAGACUGGUGUCUCAAUUUUGAUAGCAAUAACGCUGGCAGCUAUUGCAUCAAUAUUAUGUGGCUUGUGCUAUACAGAAUUUGCCGCUCGUGUGCCAAAAGCUGGUUCUGCAUACGUGUAUAGUUAUGUUGUUUUGGGAGAGUUUUUUGCUUUUGUUGUUGGCUGGAAUUUAAUUCUUGAAUAUGGUAUUGGUGCAGCUUCUGUAAUCAAAGGUUUCACAACUUACGUUGAUGCAAUGACUCAUAUGAAAAUUAAAAAUUUUACAAUUAGUAAUAUUGGUCAGCCUAAAUUAUUUGGUUCAGAGAUUUAUUUAGAUUUCUUUUCUUUAUUUGUAUCGUUGGCAACAACUGUGGCCGUCGCCCUUAGUGUGAAGAUAUCCUCCUUUCUUAAUAGUUUUUGCACAAUCGUUAACAUUAUUGUCAUUGUUAUGGUGAUAUCUAUGGGCUCAUUUUAUGCGAAAGUUGAAAAUAUUAAUCAUUUUUUCCCUGAUGCACAUCUUAUAAUAAAUGGUGCUUCAUCAUGUUUUUUUGCUUUUAUUGGUUUUGAUGCAGUUUGCAUGGUUGCGGAGGAAGCUAAGAAACCUAACAAAUCAAUUCCAAUCAGUGUUAUCACCACAAUAUUAACAUGUUAUGUUGGGUUUGUUGGAGCAGCCUUAGUGUUAAAUAUGAUGAUUCCACACUCUGAAAUGAAAGGCAGUGCAGUUUUGGCUACAGCAUUUGAUAUUGUUGGCCUCCAUCCUGGUAAAUACAUCAUUAGUAUUGGUGCUAUAUUUGGAUUGUUGGGGAAUGCAAUUGCUUCAAUGAUGAUGAUGCCUCGUUUUCUCUACUCCAUGGCGCAAGAUGGUUUAAUAUUUUCAGUGUUUGCGCGUGUACACCAGAGAACUAAUAUUCCUCUGUUUUCAACUAUUUUUGGAGGGUUAUUGACAGGCCUUAUGACACUGUUUUUGGAGUUACAUGCGUUGGUUGAAAUGGUCUCCAUUGGAACAAUACUUGCAUAUACCUUAGUCACUAUAUCUGUGCUUGUGCUGCGCUAUCGUCCGGAAAAUUUGGGAAUGGUGCGAUCGCGUUCAUCACGGUUAAGCGGUAUCAGUUUUUCUUACGAUGGAACCAUCUCCAUUGAUCCACGUGUACUAAAAGAAGAAGAAGAUGAAGACAAUGAAGAAGAAAUAAACAGAGAUCAUGACUUUACGGCUUCUUCGGAUGGCGAGGGAAAUAUAGCACGACCUAAAAGUAGCAAUAAUUGUGAUAAGAAAGAUGACGAAACAAAUCAAUCAAAUAUUUCAGAUACAGAGCACCUCAUCACAUCCAACGAUAGUGAAAUUAAACACUUGCUAAACUCUUUGGUUUUUGCUUCUUUAAGAGGCCAACAGAAUUCCUUGCUAGCAUUUCCAACGAAAGCGUCAGAGUUCGUGGUUCUUGUUUGUUCUCUAUUAGUGGUGCUCGAAAUACUUGCAUUGUCCGCCGUCUUGCAUUUUUUAACCCAUCGCUUGUUUCAAGGUCACCUGGCAGUUUUACUGGUUUUUAUCAUAUUACUUGUUUGUUUGUUUUUGACGACUAGUAUAAUCUCUUUCAUGCCUCAAAACAAUCAAAGGUUGUUUUUUAAAGUGCCAUUUUUGCCAUGGUUACCUGUGUUUGCAAUAUUCUUGAAUAUUUACAUCAUGUUUGGUUUGAACCAUUUAACGUGGAUUCGAUUUGGCGUCUGGAUGGCCGUAGGUUUUAUUGUCUAUUUUGGUUAUGGAUGCAGACACAGCGUACAGAGAGAACUGUUUGAUGAUGGUAUCAGUGUUGACGAACCGUCAUUCCAUCCAGAAGAUAAAGAUUUGUUCCAAGAUGAUGCUACGCAGUGAUGUAUUCGCGUGUCCAGUCAAGGUACACAACCUGCAUAUAAAAAUCAAUCGCAAAUGAGAUAUAAAAAGCAGGUCCUUAUACAGGUGGCAUAUGCAAUAAGCUGUUUUUGUUACAAUUUUUUUAUGAUUUUAAAGCGUAAAAUAUUGACUACAGGAUGUUUAUGCUUAGAUAUUUUUUUUACUUUAUUUUAAAGAAAUUUUUGCUCAAUUUAUUUUACUAUCUAUACUAUAACUUUAUAAUUUUAUCAUUUGUGAUUAAUUGAAGGAAGGAAUUUCUUUUAAUGAUUUUUAUUUAUGUUAAUUAUGAAUAAAAAAUUAAUUGACACGAUUUUAUUAUGAUUUUUUAUUUUUUUAUUACUUAGCUAACGACUGUGUAUUGGAAUACUUUUACCAAAAAUUUGUAGCAGGCAAAAUUUUAAAAGAAGUUUUUUUGGGUUUGGAAGGGGACUCUACAACAACUUAAAGAAAGUUUACUUUCUGUAUGUUUAUAUUUCUAAGUUAUAUAUAUUUAUGUUUAAAAUGUGAUUUAUGUAGAGUUGACGAUGUGAUAACUGGAUGUGGCUUUUUGGAAUCCCCUCCCAUAGCCGUCUUAGAUGAUAUAAAAUUCAAUUUCUCGAAAUUUUCCUUUGUAUUUCCGUUUGAGGGAACCCUGCCUAAAGCUGACGCUUGCAAAACGUAAAACAUUUAUAUGCUUUAGAGAGGUUUGAUCUUGAAGACUCCGUUUUAGAUUUUGCUUUGUAUCUUGUGCAGGUCCUUUCUCAUUGUUACUUCAUAGAUCGAGCUAAACUCAUGUAUUGGGUGAGAAGAACCACAUUAUUAACAUACAACUCUUUUAAAAAUUAUAAGUGAAUAAAUAGAAAAAUGUCUGCUAAUUUCCAACUUCUGAAGAUUAGUUUCAUCUAACAUGUUCACGCAGAAUCGCCAAAAAAAUUUCCCGCUUUAUGAAGUGUCCGCCUUGGCAGAUGUUCACUUCAGAGAGAUUUGCUGUAUUGUUUAAAAAUGUAGAGACACACGCUCUGCUGAAUCGUGCACCCUGUUAUAACUAGUAGUAUAAAAGCCAUAUUUGUUGUAAGGAUGUGACAUAACAUGUUUUAGAUAUUUUUAGGUUUUGUAAGUAGAGUUAUUGUUUAGUUAUAUAAUUAUUUUAUAUUUAUGUUUAGUAAAUUAUGUUAUAUAAGGGUUUAAAAAGUGGCAGGAUAGGUUAUCCGUGUUCUAUUGUGUAUAUUGAACAGAGAAAGGCGUAGUGACUCGAUUGAACUUUAAUAGUUUAUUGAUUAAGUUCUGCCCAGUGUUAAAUUUAAUCCAGCAUUUUCAACCGGUGGUAAAUUUAAUCCGGCGUUUUCAAUCCGGUGUUAAAUCUAAUCCGGAGUUUUUACCCGGUGUUAAAUUUAAUCCGACGUUUUUACCCGUUGUUUUUAAUUCGGCGUUUCUACAAGGUGUUAAAGGAUUUAAUCAAAACCGGUUCUGGUCGAAUCCUGAACCAAAAAGUUUCGAAUGCAUGCAUGGAUUUCAGUAUAACUUCUAUUUUUGUUUCUACUUUGAUGGGAGGAUGUUAAAAAUAAGCAUGUGUAAGGAUAUAAAGUGAGGAAUAUAUAAAGUUAAUAUUAGUAUAUAUAGAUUUAAAGGAAUAGUAUUUUAGACUACAAUAUUUUGGGUAAAAAAAUAUAUAUUUUUUGCUUAAUUUUUAAUUUUGUCAAUAAAUGAAUGAUUUGUGACCAAGAUUGGAGUGAGAUAGAACAGAAUCUUCUGAAUUUUGAUUGAUGUCUGACAAGCCUCGCAGAAGGGGAGGUGGCAUUUUUAUUUAGAAAAAAAAGAAUAAUCGAACCCUGUGCAAAGAAACAUUAAUGCAGUUGUUAUUAAAAGCCUAACGAUUUGCUUUUAUCAUUUUAAAGUCCGUGUGACUGUUUGAGUUGUAGUUAAAUUUUCAAUGCAGAAAACCUUUUAAGAAAGAUUUGAUUAAUUAAACAAAUCACAUUUAUCUUAAUAUUUCUCCUCUCUUCCUCCCCUAAUGUCGAAGGCCAAACGUAAUUUCUGCCAUAAUUUGUUUUUAAUUUUGAAUAUUUUCUAAAUGACAUGACAUAUAAAUAAUCCCUGUAAUUUUUAAAACACAAUUUUUAUAUAUUCACCGUGAAAUAUUUUAGUAUUUUUUUUUAAUUUUAGUAACUGUUACGUCAUCUAACUAUCUUAGGUGUUACACCAUAACUUCUGCUUCUCUAUUUUAAAUGUGCAAUUUCCCACAAACACAUAAGGGCUGGACAACCAACCGUAUAAGGACUUUGAUUAAUAUAACAAGUUGUUUUGGGUACACGAGGGGGCGGCAUUCAAUUUUCAUGUGAUACCUCAUUCACACAAAAGCUAGCCUAAAAAAGAUUUGGCGAAAUUUCCGAUUUUUAAAUAAAUUCAGUAAAUUUAAACUAGGCGUUCCCAAAUUUAACUAAAUUAAAUUAAAAAAUAGAUCUCCAGCUGCUAAAUUAUUGUGUUUAUAGUUGUGUAGUAGAUGACGCGGUUUUCUAGAAAACAACAGCUCCCUUCCGAUUAUUAACCAAAAUAAAAAUUUGAUUAAAAAGUAUUUAAUUUUCUGAUUUUUGUAAAAAUAUUUUUAUUUACAAUAAAAUUUUUAGUUUUAGCUCAAACAGUAUAGUUA